AUGACAUAUGGAAAUGGUGAUCUUCAGGCAGACUUAGCUCUGCUUGAAUCAAUAAGGCAGCACUUGCUAGAAGAGUCCCAAGCUGCUGCUCCGGCAUUGUGGUUUAACAAUUCCCUGCCAGUAUCUUAUAGCGGAAGCAACCCUUCUGAGACCAGCUUCUUUCCUUCCUUCCCUGACGUCAACCCAGAUGGAUUCCAAUUAUACCAGAAUUAUGAUUAUGACAACAUGGGUCUUUACCCUAUGGUUCAUGACGCGGUUAAUAAUCGGCGAGAACCAUUGCUGUCCACCACCACGACCAUGGCUACGACCAUGACCACCACUACUGCUACUGGCGCAGUUAAGGUGGAGCAUGAAGAAAGGAUUGAGGUGUCACAAAUGUCUAACGCUGCAACGGCACAGCCCGAGGCAAGGGUGGUGCCGCCUAAAGGGAAGCAUUAUAGGGGCGUGAGGAGACGGCCGUGGGGGAAGUUCGCAGCGGAGAUAAGGGACCCCGCAAAAAACGGGGCCCGCGUGUGGCUGGGGACAUUUGAGACCGCGGAGGAUGCGGCAAUAGCUUAUGAUCGGGCGGCGUAUCGCAUGCGCGGGGCACGUGCAUUGUUGAAUUUCCCACUGAGGAUAAAUUCAGGUGAGCCAGACCCGGUUAGAAUUACGUCUAAGAGGUCAUCUGUGUCGCCAGACCAUUCGUCAUCGUCGGCAUCGGAAAAUGGGACUCCCAAGAGGAAGAAGAAGGCGGCUGCGCAAGUGGUGGAGCCGCCAGCGGUGCAGAGGGGUUGGGAAGAGCUAUAUGUGGGCUCAAAUUCAAAUGGUGAACGAAUAUUCGGGACUGGCACUCAAUUUGGAUCCACAUUAUUGUAG